AGACUGAUAUAUGAUGAUACAUGACAUUAUUAGAUUCUUCAUAUUGAUGCUUCAGUAGCAUUUUGUAUUGUAGCUGCUCAGUAUGGAGCUGGUUUGAACUACAUUAUAGUCCAGUGGUUCCCAAUCUAAGGGUUGGGCCCCUCUGAAGGGUCACAGAAUAAGUCUAAGGGGUCGUGAGAUGAUUAAUGAUCUUGAAAUAUUGAAUGAUUUUAAGUCUUACAGAGGAGAAAUGUUUCUCUGAUGGAACAACCUCUACAUCUGUAGUGUCACAUGGUGUUUAAUCUUUAAAUUCAUCAUAUUUUUAAGUGUUUAUCAAGUUUUUAACGUAAAAUUUUAAUCUGAAAAGUAACUUUAGCUGUUAGAUACAUGUAGUGGAGUAAAAAGAAUAAGCUUGGCCUCUGAACUGUGGUGAAGUAGAGAUAAAAACUGGCAUAAAAUAGAAACACUGACGUAGUUUAGCACCAUUUCUUGUUUGAGGUAGAGCGCUGGGUUUUCUGGCUGCUGAUGAAUCACAACGUUUUAUCAGAUUGUAAAUGUUUAAAAAUGAUCUGCAAGUAACUUGCUGUGAUAAACUUUGACUCUCCACAUCAGUAAAAAGCAGCCGUGCAGUAUUUUGGAUCAGCUUUAAACAGCAGAGUAAUUACAGCUAACUGGUUGAUUAUUAAGCAAAAAUUAGUUUUACACUUUUACAUUUAUUUGUUAAGUGUUGAUGAAUCCAGAUGCCUUUCAGUGGCACCGAACAAACAAUGUGUCUGUGUUUAGCGCGGCUGCGAGAGCUCCUCAUCUGCUUAGAGUUGGCAUUUACUCACAGACAUCACGAGGGCACCGUGAUUAAUGACUUUAUUUAACUGAAUUUGCUCUUGCACAGACCCUAAGAAGAGAAAUCUGUCUUUCUGUGUGGGUACUGAGAGAGUCUGGUGAACAUUUCACAUGAUUUAAACAACGUUUUUUGUCGUUUUUAACACCGACACGAGCAGCAGCACCAUGGCCGCCUUCCAGCUGUUCUUCCCGCUGUUGGUCAGCUGCGCAGUGGCAUCCGCAAGCCCUCCCCGACACCACCUCCCUCCAUGCCAAGUUGUCCAGAUGGAUGUGUUUUGCAGUGAUCUGAGUCUCAGAAGUGCACCAGUCAACCUUCCUCACGGCGUCCAAAUGCUGGACCUCUCUCGUAACCAGGUGCAGAAUCUGACCCAGGAAACUUUAGCGUACCACACCGGCUUCCAUCAUCUGAAUCUUCAUUCUAACAAGAUCCACUUCAUUCAGCCGGGGCUCUUCAAAGACAUGACUGAUCUGAAAGUCCUGGAUCUCUCCAGGAAUCAUCUGAAUGUUUUUGCUCAUUCCAAAAUCAACAUCGGGCCUCUAACAGCUGUAGAGUCACUUGAUCUUUCAAACAACGGUCUGUACACGGGAAUGUCGGACUAUUUCCUGGCAGAUUCUCCGUUGCUGGCAAACCUUUCCCUGAACAGCAACAGCAUCACCAAAAUAGCACAAAAUACUUUCAGUGGAUCCUUGUCCUUGAAAAAAAUCAGCCUCCACAAUAAUGUCAUCUUGGAGAUUGAGGAUGGAGCUUUUGACUCCUUGCAUCAUCUGACUGAACUCGAUUUGUCCAAGAACUCAAUUACGUGCAUCACCGAUUUCAACCUCUACAAUUUAACUGUGCUCAACCUCAGCAAGAACAGCAUGGAGCUUUUCCAAAGCGCGAGCUCGAAUCAGCGGUAUAACCUUCUCUAUCUCGAUCUGAGUGAAAAUAAAAUGCCUUACUUUCCAUUUCUUCCCAGAAGCAACGUGCUCAAAUAUCUGGAUGUUUCACGAAACCAUCUCCAGAGCAUCAACUUAUCAGGAAGUCCUGAAAAAAGGAUAACUGUUCUAUUGAGUCAUCUUAAAUAUCUGGACAUGAGUUACAACCAACUCAAAAGCAUACCAGAGUCCUUUUUCUGCUUAAUGGGAUCACUUGAAGUCCUGAACGUGAGUAAUAACUGUAUAGGCUCAUUUUCUGUCACUAACGAACACCUUCUAACAGCAGUGAAGAUCAUCAACCUCAGCUAUAAUUCACUGCAGAGUCUGACAUUUGGGGAAAACACUCUGCAAUCGCUGGAAGAGCUCUUUUUACAAGGGAAUGACCUCACCACCCUGGACCAUCAAGUAUUUCAAAGACUUCCAAGUAUCAAAUACCUGCAGCUUCAGAAGAACAAUCUGAAAAUCUGUGCCUUGGAGCAAGACCAGGAUGAACUGGCGCCGACAGAAGAAAACCACAAGGAUCCUCCCGAUUGCGUGUCCUUUUCCUCUGUAAGAAACUUGCACUUCCUGUACUUCUCUGAAAACAAUCUACAGACUCUGCCUGAAAACGCGUUUGCAAACACCCCUCUGAAGUUGCUGGACUUGUCCCUGAACCCAGGCUUAGACAUGGACAAGGACUCCCUCUCUGGUCUGGAGCAUUCCCUGGUUCACCUCUUCCUGAGGGAAAACAACAUUUCAUGGCUGAACACAGAUCUGUCUUUGCUAAAGAGUCUCAAACACGUUGACCUGUCCACCAACCAGUUGACCUCUCUACCUAUGUGGAACAAAGAGUCCUCCAUUGAGUCCUUAAACCUGCAGAACAACAACCUGGUCACCCUGGAGUACAGAACCAUGGUGGCUCUGGAGCACUCACUAAAAACCCUCUACAUGGGCUCCAACCCUCUGAACUGCUGUAGCAACCUUGGCUUCCUCCACAUGGUCCAACGCUCAGCCGUGGUCGUUCCUGACAUCGAGACUGUGACGUGCAUUCACGAGGACUUUUCAGAGCCAGUCAACAUUGAAAAGCUGACUGAAGAAAUGUGUCGUGGAUCAGUCAGGCCCAAGUAUAUUGCUACUGUUGUACUGACAUUGUUAACCGUGAUGAUCGUGUUGGGGCUGCUGGUUAAAUGCUGCCACUCAAGGAAACGAAAGCGCAACAGGAGCUUUAGAGCUUAACGUGAACGAAUGGUGCACAUGCAGGACCAAGAAGACAUUUAUACUAGGAACUUUUCCAAUGAGAAGGUUGGUGGUUCAAACCAGCUACAACUUAGAAACAUGAAUGUAGAGUCUGUGGUGUCACCCAAAGGACAAUUUAAAGACUUGACUUGGGUUUAACACCACCAUCUUUUUUACUAGAGUGAAUAAAUCCAAAUUUGGGCAACGUGGAAGAAGAUCAACCAACCAACAGUUCACUGAAUCAAACAAACACGUGCCUUAAUAUCCUAAAUAAAGCAAUGGCUUGGUAGAAGAAGUAAAAUUGACGAACUAUUGGAAACCAGGACUUCUUGCGGAAAAGAUCUUCACCUCAUUUGUCUAGAGUGGUUUGGACUUUCUGAAUGGACCUCUAAAGGUCAGAGUUUCUUGCAGAAUGUGGUCGGCAGUUUGAGAAACUGCAGCUUCAGACCCAUAAGGUGUGUUCAGACAGAGUGCGAGGCAAAUUUUAAAAAGGUUCAACUGCAUAAAUGUAUAUAAACAAGAGGAGAAAGGAGAGAGCCUGGAGGGAAAUAACAGAAAGAAAGAACGGGGGUUUCUGGAGAUCAAUCAGAGGGAGUAAACAAAUACUGUGGUCAAAGUUGAUCCAGUGGUGGCGAAAGUCUUGCAAAUAAUGCAAGGCCGAAAUUAGUUUUGCUUUCUGUUUGAACGCACCAUUAGAGCAGUGUUUCAUGCUUGGUUUUCAUAUCGAGCCACACACUGCACAUCAGUUUAUUGAAUGUAGAAGGAGAAUCCGCACUAAAACACUUCAUCACUGUUGAUUUUUUCUCCCACUCCAGCCUAAAUGGAGCCGAAUGACGUGCAGCCAUUAAAUGUUAAAGGAAUAGUUUCGCUUUUUGGCGCAUACGCUUAUUUGCUUUCUUGCUGAACGUUAGUUAAGACGAUUAGAUAUAGAUUAGGAUCAUGUGUGUGUUAUAAAUAUUAAGCUACAGGCAGCAGCCAGUUAGCUUAGCUUAGCAUAAAGACUGGAAACAAGGGGGGGCACUGAUAGCUUGACUUUAUCCAAAGAAAAGUGCCUCAGUCAAACACAUGACAUGUAAUUUGUUUAAUUUAUACAAAAACCACAGUAAAAAACAAGCUGUGGUUUUACAGGAGGUCAUGUGCCUGACUGUCUGUUAUCCGCAUGCAAUAACUUCAGGAAGCUGCAGUAAAUAAACAACAUAUACUUUGUUACCUUGUGAUGCUGGUAGACAGACGUUGAACUUCACAGUUCACACCUUAACUCCUGAAGAAUACCAUGUUGUUGACUGGACCCCAUUGCUCACAGUGGGAGGCUAGUUGAGAAAAUACUUGUGCAUGAAUUUUGAGAGAACUGACCCUUUAAAGGAUUGAUCAAGCUGUACAUAAAGUGUUGAACAAAAUUAGAUGUAUUGUGUUAAUUAGUCCUAGUACAGUUAGGGGAUUUUGUUACCUGUGGGCAGAACCAGGCUAGCUGUUUCCCUCUGUUUCCAGCCUUUAUGCUAAGCUAAGCUAACACAAAUAAGCGUAUUUUCCAAAUUGUUCAACUAUUCCUUUAAAUGUUGAACGAGGGGUUCUUGCAAAACAGAAAAUAAACCAGUGACUGAGACAUGAAGAUAAAACAGACUGAGGGAAGGGUUCAGAUAACUCACAGUGUAAGAUUAUCUGACAGAGGAAUUUUCCUUUAAGCUAAAAACUAAAGAACACAACACUACGAGAAGGUCAUGAAACAAAAUGCUCUUUAUUCUUGGAUGUUGAAGUAUGAUUAUAUGAAGUACAUGGAGUCAUCUGAGAUGACCGAUGAAGAGCAAUUCAAGCCGUCCUUUACCCUUUAUGUAGUUUGCACUUUAUAUUUCUCCUUAUUUGUGUGACUGUAUCUUGUUCUGUUAUUGUUAACACUAAGACAUGAAUAAUGCUAGAAGAUCCAAGCAGAGCAUAUGUCAAUAUAAUUUAUUUUUUUACUAUAAGCUGGAUGGUUUAAACAAUAUGUUUUUCUAUACUGAUCCCAGGCCUGUGGUGGACACAGUAUUGAUUAAUUUGACGUGAUUUGGGGUAAAGUUAAAAGCACUGAAAUUAAUAACUGUGAUACAAGUACAAUAUACAGACUGUGUUGUUUUAAAUAAAUAAAUGAACUCCAGCGCUGUAUCUGUGGGAUCCACAGUUUCAUACGACUUUAAUGUGUGUGAUGAUCCUGAAACUAUUAUUAUUGAUAUUCUUAUUGUUGUUGUUAUCUACAAGUCAACUGAAAUGAUUUUGUAGCUUUUUGUAAACGAUGUAAGCAAUAAUUUGUACCAAAUGAAAGACAUUUUCUACAUUUAAA